UCAAACUUCCACCUACAGCGGACGAAGAAGAAAACCGGCGCUGAUUUUGAACUUUGCAAAGGAAUGUACAAACUUUUCCAGGUGUGGCUUCGCUACUAGUGUGGGAAUAAACAGUCAAACUCCUGUUCUUAACGUCGAACGCUGUUACAUUACAUGUCUACGGUACUGUCACGGGGACCGUAUCGCACAGCAUCACUGAAACACUAUGGAGCCAGUGGUGAGCCUGAACAACCAGUUCCAGAGCCUCAGAGCUCAGGUAGACGGUCUCAGUGAGAGCGUUGAACCACAGUUUCUCCAGUUGGCAUUAAACUUUGAGGACUGUCGUAAGAAAUGGUUGCGGGCAGGUGAAGAGCUGGUUUCCUAUAAAGAGAUGCUGACUAAAACGGAGACAGAGAGGGGUGCCCUGGAGGUCAAACUAAAACACGCUAGGAACCAGGUGGAUGUGGAGAUCCGCCGUCGACAAAAGGCAGAGGCUGUCUACGAGAAGCUAGAGCGGCAGCUACAGCUGAUCCGGGAGCUGCUGCUUUCAGAGAACAGUGGCAGCAGUGUCCAUUUAAGUGAGGAACAGCGAUCAGCCCUGGCCUUCCUUAGUUCUCACUCCCAGGCAGCACAAGCUGCCAAAGCCAACUUGAACUCCAGCCGAAGAUUAAGUAGAAUUGAUGAAUCGGCUUCUUCUGUGCUGUCAGACAUCAGCUAUGACCAAACAGACGAUUCUUUGGACUGGGAUUCUUCUGCAGUGAAGAAUAUGAGACUGCGUAAACGGCAGAAACGACGAUCCUCCAGAAAACACUCAGAAAUUCCUCCCCAGGCAUUGAAAAAGCCCCGCUCCAAUGGACGUACAUCAGACAGGAUUAAUGAAUCAAUCGUGGCCAAAACGACCAUCACUGUGCCUGCAAACGGUGGUGUGGUUGAAGCCGUCUCCACUAUUGAAACUGUGCCUUACUGGACACGCAGCAGAAAAAGGAGUGUGGCUCCAGUUUUGGGUGACACAGCCACUACUGACCAGUCUGAGACGGUCAGUGAGGCUCCCAGCACACCAGUCUCAGACUUCCCAGCCCAGCUCCAAGCUCCUCGACCCAGAGGAGGAAAGAAGCACCACUUCAUUCCCAAAACAGUGAUAAAGUCAGAGUUCUGUGGACCAUGUGGAAAAAGAACAAAGUUUGGGAAGCUGUAUCUUCGCUGCCAGGACUGCCGGGUGGUGACACAUCCAGAGUGUCGUGACCACUGUCCCCUCCCCUGUAAUCCCACAGCUUUUGUUACCCCCAUGAAGAGUACAGAGGCUACUCUGGCUGACUUUGCUCCAGCCACCUCCCCAAUGAUCCCUGCUUUGGUAAUCUACUGCAUUAAAGAGAUUGAACGCAGAGGCCUUCAUGAGGUUGGUCUCUACAGAAUCUCUGGUCAUGAGCGCAUGGUCAAAGAGCUGAAAGAGAAGCUCGUUAGAGGAAAGACUCUGCCUGCCCUUAGCAAAGUGGAGGACAUCAAUGUCAUUACAGGUGUCCUAAAAGACUUUCUUAGAAACCUUCCAGAGCCACUCCUCACCUUCCAACUCAACAAGACCUUUUUGGAAGCAGCUGAAAUCCAGGAUGAUGGCAACUGUCUUGCUCUGUUAUAUCAGACUAUUGGUGAGCUGCCUCAACCCAACCGAGACACUCUGGCCUGCCUGAUGAUCCACCUGCAGAAGGUAUCUCAAAGUUUGGAUACUAAGAUGGACAUAAACAACCUGGCCAGGGUGUUUGGUCCCACCCUGGUGGGUCAUGCUGUUGCUGACCCAGACCCCAUGACCAUCCUGCAUGACACCAGUCGACAACCAAGGGUUGUAGAGCGCUUGCUGAGUAUUUCAGAGAGCUACUGGAGUCAUUUUGCUUAUCCAGAUAAUGUAGGCAUGGAUAAAGCUCACCGCACUGACACACCACAACAGAAAGUGAGUAUAUUGGGACCAGUGACGACUCCAGAACGUCAGAUAAUGGCCAAAACACCCUCCUCCAGCUCGCUGUCUCAGCGGAUGACCAGCUUAUUUGGGAGCAAAAGCAAAGCCACCUCUGCCUCGAACCAUCAAGGCUCCUUCUUCACUUCUCCACAGCUGAAGUAAUGGCAGUCAAUAGAAAACUACUCAUAUUUCUGGGUGUUACCUAUGCAAUAAUUAAAUGUGUGUUCUUGUAAUCAAGUCAGAAAAUGAUUGUGCAAUUUUUUUAUAUUAACUAACAAAAUUUGAGUUUUUUUUUUAUAUUUAACUGCUACUAUUUACUGACCAAAGCUGUGGUGGUGUCUGUUGUCCCAUUAUGUUUCUAGUUUUGAUGAAAAAGCAACCACUUUAAAUUGCUUGGAGAAAUGUUAAGGAGCUACGUAUUUAGGGGUCUCUGCCUUUGGGUCUGCGCUGAUAACCAUGGUGACAUUCCAGCAAACAUGAAACACAAGUUAAGUGAGCAGAGACUUUUUUGGCCAGUGUUAUUCUUAUUUUUUUUACUUUGAUUGCUUUGCUCUAUAACAUUUGAUAGAAUGAUUUAACAUUUUGUUUUAUUUUUAUGUUCAUGUGAUUUAAGGCGUACUAAUCAUGAUUAUGUAUACUUUCUUCUGAUCACUUUAACAAUAGUUUUCUGUAUAAACACUGAUACUGGCUGAGAAUGAAGUUGCAGUUUUGCACUCUAUAUAAAAAAAAUCUGUUUUCUACUGCACCACCAGAGGUUGCUGUUGCUCCAGUUUUGCUAUUCAACCCUUUACUAAAAAGAUUUAUUGUGUAUUAGGCACAUAACUAGUCUGAUUCUCUUGUUGUUUAGACAAGACGUUAUUCUGACAAAAACAGAAACUCCUACUGAUAUGAAAACGAAGUAGACCUGGAACUACUUUCAUGUGAGAACAGAUGUGCAUUUUGUUAGCCUCAUAGCAAAAUUGCUCAAGUCAUAUUUUGGCUAAAUUGUGACAUCAGUCUGAUUGUACUGACUGCAUUACUGCCCUUUAACACCUUAAAAUAUGACUUGGGCAAUUAUGCUAUGAGGCAGUAGUAGUCGAACAAUUUGUGACAACAGACCUUUCUUAUACUGUUACACGACAUAAAAAAGAAGUCCUCUCCAUGCUGCUCAUACUCUCACCUUUGGCUAAUCUUGCCAUGAUGAUAACAGAUCCAAGUAUUCUAGAUAUUUGGGAUGUUAACGUUGACGAAAAAAUAAAAAAAGAUGCAAAGUGUUGACUCAAAACUGAAUCUAGUAAUGUUUGAGGUUGUAAGACCCCUGUCUUAUGUUUUUAUAAACACAUCAUAUAUUUUUGUACACUUAUUCUUCUGUGAAAUAUUGUGUAAUUGAGUGUCUAACUUCUACCAAAGAUUUUGUGAACUGAUUAACCUUCAUUUGUCUUAUUUUAAAUAAGAUUGCUAAGCUAAAAAUAAAACUGGAAAAAACA